CACAGAAGUGAUAGUAAGAUAGAGCUGCAGUAGAAAACAAGGCUUACACACCACGCCCACCACCCAUCCAUUGGCACCCCUUGCUAUCAUGCAGUCAAAUCACUGCAGCACACACGCAAGCAGCCACUCACUCACCCAAACCGGCUAUCACACCACGGCCUCCACGCUCUUGAGAGGUGCCACGAUCCCUGUGGAAGGCGAGGAGGCAGAUACCCGCCUUGUGCGGAUGCUUGCCUCUGCUCCGCCAUCCUCUUCCUACCUUUCCUGCUGGCUCCUCCAUAUCCCCAAUAUAAUCACUCUACACUAUUCUCCCCGUACCAUAUAUACCGGGAGCUUCCGCUGAAAUGAUAGUACCAUGAUAUCGUAACCCAAGCAAAUACGUCACUAACGGACACUCCCACGACACGAACCGCAUCGCAUGAUCCGCAUGACCCGCACCAGCCAGCGGGCCCUCUAAGCCCUACCAUACCCAUACCCAUACCCAUACCCAUACCCGCCCAUCACCCGGCUUGGAUACCAGCUAGGUGUGAAUGAGCUGACACCUCGUUCUUUGGUUGGCUGCCCCCGUAGAGCCGCAGCUGCAGCCUGGAGCCUCGUCGGGUGCUUGCGUGGUGAGGGCUGCUGCGGGGACGACGAGUCUUUUGUUGAGUUCAGCGCAGCCUUCUCAUCAUUUCUUUUCUCGGGUUAUCUGCAAGUUCGUCCAGCAGUCUGUCCCUGUCAUCGAGGCUGGUUUAGUGAGGCGGAGAAGACAGAGUUGGACGAUAGGAUAAGGAUUUAAGUGUUGUCUGCUGUUUUAGGACAGACGAUCCGGACGGGAGCAGAGAGGGAUGUCGACCAUAACGACGCCCCGCGCGGAGUCCUCGGCUGCGGCGCAGAGGGGAAAGGAGCGCACGUUGGCGGAUGCGAUGAGGGAGCCGAGCGUGGCGGUGCCGGCCGUGGUGGUGCUGGAUGAGGCGCAUGUGGAGGUGCCGAGGAGGGUGUUCGUUAGUGUCAAGAAGGACUUGUGGCUUUCGACUGUGGAUGGGCGCCAUCAAUCGCCGAUUAUACCAGUCAGGUGCGGGCCUGAAGCGGAGACGUUCUACGUUCACAAGGAUAUCCUCACGAAAUCGGAGUUCUUCAGGAACGCGCUUGAUGGGCGGUUUAGGGAGGCGGACGAGCAGGCUGUGGACUUGCCGGAGGAAGACCCGGCGUUGUUUAGCUUUGUGGUGGCAUACCUUUAUGAGGGGAAAUUUUCUCCUAUCAAGCCUGCGGUUGAUGCAUUGGUUGUGGAACUUCCGAAAGGGAAGGGAAGGGAGGGAGAAGAAGAGAACGAAGAAUCAGAAAGCGGCAGCGGCAGCGAAAUCGGCAACAGCAGCAGUGACGACUCAAUGCGAAGCGAACGCCGCUUCCAAGCCCGCCAACGCCGCCAACAGCGCACCUUCGACCGCCUCAACCGCAAAGAACCCGGCCGCCACCGCCUCGGCUGCAACUGUUCCACCUGCUUCAACCACAACCAGCGCCCGCCCUGCUGGAACUGCGGCGUGCAAUCCAACCGUCCCCUUCCCCCCCGCCGCGCCUACGCAGGAUACGUUGCUCCUCCCGGCGGCUGGGGUGUCCCUCCACCGCCGCCACCUGUGGGCGUCCAUCCUCCUCAUCCGGGGGCGAUAAUGCAUCGUCGUGGCCCGCCGCGGCCGAGGGGGGGAAAUCAGAGGAGGUUGUCGAGGGAUAGGGGGGUGGUGGAUCCGGCGCCGGAACCGAGGAUGGAUGGGGAGGAUAUGCGAACUUGGUUGAUGGCGUAUGAACUCAGCGUCGACGUGUAUAUCUGCGCCGAGCGAUACUGUCUCGAUGAUUUCAAGUCCUGCAUACGGCUCUGCAUCAUCGACUACCUCGAGACGGCCGGGAUGGAUGCCGCGCAGCCUCUUCUGCUGGAGUGCUGUAGAAAGUUGCAUGCGGGGCUGAGUGCAAAUGAUGUGUUGCUGAAGAUGGUGUUUGCGAGGGUGGGGUUUAUGUUGGCGAGGUUGUGGAAGAAUCAUGGGGAGGAGACGCAUUUGUUUUGGAUGGAGAAUGCGGAGGUGGGGGGGAUGAUUAUGAAGGAGACGAUGGAGAGGAGGGAGAUGGAUGCGGGGGAGGAUUUGCCGGCUAUGAGUAGGGUGUUUCAGGUUGGGAGGGAGAGGGAGGUGGUUGCGAUGCACAGGUGACAGCAAUAGGGGAGAGGGGGAGACUGUUUGUGAGUAUUUGAUGAGACGACUGGGACAGACUGACGAUCCAUAACGAUAUACGACGAACGAAGGGCAUAAUCUGUGGGUUUCUAGCGAAAAGGUGUGAUGACAAGUUUUCUUAUGUUUAUUAUCUAUUGUAUUUUUGGUGCAUUAGCGUCUUCAUUGUAGUUUGUAAGUUAGGAUUAUUUACUCUUUCAUGACCAGAAAUAAUUGUUUUAUGUGUUUAUUAUAAGUCUAG